AGGAGACUCUGCUCCUUCGUUUACAUGUCCUGCGUCCAAAUGUGCAUACGACCACCCUAUCUGCCCUUAAAUAGUAUUGAAAAUUACUAAUAUCACAUAGAAUUUAGGAUGGAUAGUAUGCACAUUGGGACGCAGGCCGAGAGAUCAAGGAGGAGGAGUCGGCGUCAGCGUCGGAUAAGAUACGCCCACACUUUAUGACGUAACCUGUCGCCUGCGAGCUGUCACCCUGACGGACAGCCAAAUAGUCCUAUAAUACAAGGCUAAUUUGCGUAGGAGGCCCGCCCACUGUCAAAUCAUCCUCCCGGUGAUUGAUUCCAGCAGAUGCGAGGCUUGCGCCGCUGAGCAAGGACGAGACGCAACCGCAGGCAUGCCACUGGCGCGCAGUUUGUCAUUCACCUCCCUGUCCGGCCUGGAGGAAUGGGACGAAGAGUUCGAUCGGGAGGAUGCAGUCCUGUUCGAGAUCGCAUGGGAGGUCGCUAAUAAAGUUGGUGGCAUUUACACGGUGAUCCAGACCAAGGCGCGUCUGACCUGCGAGGAAUGGGGCGAGAACUACUUUCUGGUGGGCCCGUAUAUGGAGUCCAGUGUCAGGACGCAAGUGGAGCUGAUCGAACCCUGCAAUGCGGCACUCAGGAGAACCAUUGAUAAAAUGAACAGCAGUGGGUGCAAGGUAUAUUUUGGUCGAUGGCUGAUUGAAGGCUCUCCGUAUGUGAUUCUGCUAGACGUGGGCUUCACGGCCUGGUCUCUGGACCGCUGGAAGAGUGAACUCUGGGAGAAUUGCGGUAUUGGUGUGCCCUGGUUCGACAGAGAGGCUAACGAUGCUGUUCUCUUUGGCUUCCUCACUGCAUGGCUACUUGGAGAGUUUGCAGCUCAGUGUGACGAACCUCCUCACAUCGUAGCACAUUUUCACGAGUGGCUGGCAGGUUUGGGGCUCGUCUUAUGCAGGCAGCGUCAGUUACCCGUAGCAACCAUCUUCACCACACAUGCCACACUGCUCGGCCGAUACCUGUGUGCUGGGAACGUUGACUUCUACAACAACCUUGCUGAGUUUAAUGUGGAUAAAGAGGCAGGUGACAGGCAGAUCUAUCACCGGUACUGUCUGGAGCGCGCAGCAGUGCGCUGUGCACACGUCUUCACCACCGUCUCUCAGAUCACCGCCAUUGAGGCCGAGCACUUACUAAAGCGGAAACCAGAUAUUGUGACUCCAAACGGCCUGAAUGUGAAGAAGUUCUCAGCCAUGCACGAGUUCCAGAACCUCCACGCUCAGAGUAAAGCGCGCAUCCAGGAGUUUGUCAGAGGCCAUUUCUACGGGCAUUUAGAUUUUAACCUUGACAAGACAGUGUUUCUCUUCAUUGCUGGACGCUAUGAAUUCUCAAAUAAAGGAGCUGAUAUCUUUCUUGAAGCACUGGCCAGACUUAAUUACCUGCUGAGGGUGAAUCACAGUGAUGUGACCGUAAUCGCGUUCUUCAUCAUGCCUGCUCGUACCAACAACUUCAACGUGGAGACCCUGAAGGGCCAAGCCGUACGGAAACAGCUCUGGGACACUGCUCAGACUGUGAAGGAGCGCUUUGGGAAGAAACUCUACGAAUCACUUUUAGUAGGGCAGCUGCCUGAUGUGUCUAAGAUGUUAGAUAAAGAGGACUUCACCAUGAUGAAACGUGCCAUCUUCGCCACCCAGCGCCAGUGCCUGCCCCCCGUCUGCAGUCACAACAUGCUGGAGGACAGCAGUGACCCCAUCCUCAACUGCAUCCGCCGUAUCGGCCUCUUUAAUACUGCUCAGGACAGAGUCAAGGUGAUCUUCCAUCCAGAGUUUCUCUCCUCCACUUCUCCUCUCCUGCCGAUGGACUACGAGGAGUUUGUGAGAGGCUGCCAUCUUGGAGUAUUUCCAUCCUACUAUGAGCCCUGGGGAUACACACCAGCUGAGUGUACAGUGAUGGGUAUCCCGUCGGUCUCCACUAACCUGUCUGGGUUUGGCUGUUUCAUGGAGGAGCACAUUGCUGACCCGUCAGCUUAUGGUAUCUAUAUUCUGGAUCGGCGGUUCCGUGGGGUGGAUGAGUCCUGCAAUCAGCUGACAUCUUUCCUGUUUCAAUUCUGUCAGCAGAGCCGCAGGCAGAGGAUCAUUCAGAGGAACCGAACAGAGCGCCUCAGCGACCUGUUAGAUUGGAGAUAUUUGGGCAGGUAUUACGUAUCUGCCCGCCAUAUGGCUUUAGCGAAAGCUUUCCCAGACAAAUUCAUCUAUGAGCCUCAAGAACCCACUUCGGCCACAGGCUUCCGUUACCCGCGGCCCGCCUCAGUGCCCCCGUCUCCAGCCCACUCGCUGCACUCGUCUCCUCAUCACAGUGAGGCUGAGGAUGAAGAGGAACCAUAUGAUGAAGAUCUGGAGGCGGAGAAAGACCGGGUCAACAUCCGCCAACCUUUCAACAUGCCGAACCGGAACAAGAAUCAGACAGUUGGUCUUCCUGAGAAAAACUAAAACACACCCCUACAUGCAUACUUACACACUCUGUAGCUUAUACUGUGAGGCACUUAUAUAUGCUGUGACACACACACACACACACACACACACACACACACACACACACACACACACACACACACACACACACAUAUAACACUCCCUAUAAAGUAAAAGUAAAGCCUGCAAACAGUAUGUCUGCAUGUUGGUAUUCUGAAGAGAAAUAAAUAAGAUAUUUAAGUAUUUGGUGAGCCAUAAUAUGUGAUUCUAAGACUUUCUGUUGAAAGAUUUCUCUGGUGUCUUUCAUACCAAGCCUAGUAAAAAAAAACAACAACAGAGAGCAAAGUAUUAAAUAGUAGCUCGAGUUAUUCAUAUGAAAAUUACUAUGGAUUCAUACCAAAUUGUUAUCUAGCUGUGUGGCGCUGACGUUCAAAUGGCCACUGUUAAAAGACAAUACAAAUAAAUGUGAAAUAAUACAAAUAAACGUUACAAACAUUAUUUUUAAAGUGCCCGUAUUAUGUAUUUUUGAAAAAGUGAAUGAAAACAUCCUGCAAAGGUUUCAAUCUGAAAGUGCACCGUGUAUAAAGUUAUUGUCUCUCAAAAGAAAGAGUCGACUCUGAAUCAUUGAAACGAGUCGUUUUUAAAAUGAAUCCCAAGCUGCUUCGUCUAGAUGUCAACAUUAGCAUUAGCAAACAUUAGCAUAUUGCCGCCCACUUGUUGGUCUUUUCAUGU